AUGGAUGAAAUAGGACCAGACUUCCCAUUCAAGGCCACGCCCAAGGCUGUGCCCGCAACACUCAAGAUUGAUCAUGACUGCGGCGUCAAAAUCACAACAUCUCCCGCGAUCAAUAACCCUCCACUGCCCGCCGAUGGCCCUGGUAACGAGACCUUCUCGAACGGGCUCUUGAUUUCCCUCUUGAUUCUUGUCCCGACAUGCACGGUAUGGAAGUUGGGUGGCAGGUUCAAGACCACUGUGUUCUUCGCCGUCAUCACCACUCUUCCGAUUCUGAUCACCUUCUGUGCCAUCACCUCUGCCACAGCCCCGUGCACGAACGAGAGAGUCAAGUGCCCAGGUCUUCCUGUGGAACACUACUUGACUUUUCAUAAGGAAGAAGAUCAGGUCAAGUACCGAGGACGGAACAAGGUUCCGAUGGAAACGUUCAUGCGCAAAUAUUUCGACGGUGACGCAGACUUCAAUGGCGACGUCCUCGAAGUGCUUGAGUACCGUCAUGAUUGGGCGUCUUUCCGUUUCACAUGGGAGCUAUUUAGAUACAUCAUUGUCAACUUUGUUACCGACGUCACGGCCAAGUACGGACUGAGAUGGUUCAAGAUCUGGAAGUAUUUCCUCGCAUCAGCCACCACCUCCUCCCGUCAAGGCUCUGCGACCUGCUACCAGAUCACUCUAGUCAAGAACAUCAACAGCGUUCGCCGCAUCGACGGAGUUUCGACGCAAUUUGCGCUCUCGACUGCCCUUGAGGCAAGUAAGAAGGCCGGCAGGGCAGUUUUCCCAGCCAACAACCCGUCACGACUUCAGCCAGUGUUUAAUCGGGAGCGCAUCAGUGACCUGGAGUGCGUCGAACGCCAUGUGCAAAAUCUUCUUCCACUACUGGACACGGAAGGUCAGACAGCGGAAAUAAAAGACUUGUUUCUUAGGUUUACUUUGGAUGUGUCGGCCGACUUCACGCUCGGCGUAGAUCUAGAUACACUGAAGAGACCUUUGAACAGAUUUGCAGAGAGCUUCGAGCGACUCCGACACUGGAAGAUACAGAAGGAGAGAUCGAACCCUUUCAAGUUUCUCGUGCUGAGAAGCCGGUAUCAGGCAGAUCUGGACUACAUUGAAUCCUUCAUGGACCCUAUCAUCAUGGAAACCGUCAACGAAAUCAAAGCGGAAGAAGCUGGAGAAACGCCUCACAAGAAAGAUUCCGGCUUCAACUUACUUGGCGCGUCCGCCGAGGUUUCCACCAAUCGUCGCUUCCUGCGCGACGAACUACUUACCGCCUUGUUCGCCGGCCGUGAUAAUACAGCCAUGGCAUUCACCUGGAUACUCUACGAGUUGGCACAGCACCCGGAUGUCGUCAGGGAUAUGCGUCGGGAAAUCGACGCCCAAAUCGGUCUCAACAGUGAACCCGGAUACAAGACUCUGAAGGAUAUGAGAAUACUGUCCAACAUCAUCAACGAAACACUUCGCCUCUAUCCUCCAGUUCCGCUCAACACUCGCGCUUGCCUGAAGGAUACCUGA